AUGGCUUCGUUGCUAGCCAAGAUCCCAACAUUCACUCUCGCAUCGGUUGUUCUCCUUGGCGCCUUCUCUCGCUUUACACAUGGCCAAUAUACCCCUUGGUGGUACGAAUUCCAGGAGUACCAUGCCCCUGAUGACGGCUCCACGGUCGCCCUUAUCACACCUAUUAUCGACACACUCGUGGGAUUAUCCCUGCUGUUUGGGAAGCGAAAAUUGAGACUGUCCACCGCAAUCUUCAGCCUCGUCGUUUUCACGAUAGGGCUAGCUAUGCAAAUAAAGGCAGAUAAAGAUUAUGCGGGUGAUGUGGCACUGGUUAUCCUGGGCACAAUUGCCAGUGUUAUUUCAUGGAAAUAG